AUGGCUUUUUGCAAAGCUAUCCACAAACCGCCUGCAGCGCGACCUGAACUUGAUGCCAUGAAUCGUGUCAUGGCCCGAAAAAUUGCUGCUUCAGUCAAUGGAAUUAAAGGAAAACGACCUAUGCUGCUCUUCGACUUUAUCAAGCGAGAAAUUGCAAUGGCUACUACUAGUCAGUCUAUCGACCUCAAAAUCCAUUCAAAGAUUCCGUUUACGCAGAGGGUUUCUGGUAAGGAUGAGCCUGAUAAUACUGAGACAGAAUGCAAUGAGAUGCAAUGGGCGAUAGUGCCUGAGAUUUGA